UUUUUCCAUAUAACGCUCGCCUUCUUUGUGACAUCAUUGUGAACGUGGCACCAGUACCAAGUACCCUACACAGUACAGACCUCCUCCAUUGACUAUACAGCUCACCCUUCACCUCUCCAGCGCCAUGAAAGGAGGAGCUCUGUUUCUGAUUGUCCUGGUGGCCCUCCACUGUCAUCUCUCUAGCUCCAUAUCAUUUGAUCUGCCUGCAGACGCUCAGAAGUGUCUACAAGAAGAGGUACACAAAGAUGUGUUGGUGGUGGGAGAAUACAAGCUCUCAGAUGUCCAGGGAAUACGAACAGAUCUCAAGGUAGCUGACUCCAAGGGGCACACUCUGUACAACCAGGACGAUGCCUCCAAGGGCAAGUUUGCGUUCACUACUGACGACUAUGACAUGUUUGAGGUCUGCUUCCACUCAACAGUGACAGAUGGUAUUGCAGGUCCAGGGGGUCAAGGUUCAACCAGAGAGGUAUCGCUGUCUCUCAAGCACGGGGUGGAAGCUAAGAACUACGAUGAUGUUGGCAAGGCUGAGAAACUGAAGCCACUGGAGCUAGAGCUUCGUCGUCUUGAGGAUUUGGCCGAGUCCAUCGUGAAUGACUUUGCUUACAUGAGGGCCAGAGAGGAGGAAAUGAGAGACACCAACGAGUCGACCAACACCAGAGUGCUCUAUUUCAGCGUGUUCUCAAUGCUCUGUCUCUUUGUUCUGGCUGGAUGGCAGAUAUUCUAUCUCAGGAGGUUCUUCCAAGCAAAGAAACUCAUAGAAUAGGAAGAACCAAUUUAUAGAAGAAGCUUAUACAACAGUGUAUUACAAAUAUUCAAUUUUGUCACCGAAUACAAUGUCAUAAUUAUCUCUAUGAAUUGACGAGAUGACAGUUCAUUUCUCAUAAAAA